AGCAGGCAGGACCGGUGGCAACGUCGCGCGUGCCCUCGCUUGUGCUGCAAUACGGUAGCUGGCGGGAGAUUACGGUAACAUCGAAAGGGAGCCUCGUGCCCAAAGCAUCAGCCCGCCGCGCGGAAAGUUGCCGCUCCGCCUCGGCCGUGCCAAGCCGGGUGUUAUUCAACCGGGGAAGCCGCGGCGUCACGGGCCAGGCAGCCAGCCGCCCUCGGCCAUCGGGACAGGAGGAACUGGCGUCCUUGUGAGUCAUCGGGAGACUACGCUGAGAAGGAGAUGCGACUGGCGCAAGAUUUGGGGAGCGGGGCGUGGGGCUGCUUGUGUGUUUAUCUGUGCGGUGCUUUGCCAGCCGGCUGCCCCGCUGUGCUGAUCGGGGAGGCUCCUGCAACAGGAGGUCAGCUGUCGCCUUGCAGCCUGAAGUAGGAAGAAGCCCAUCUGCCAGCAAAGAGAACACUCCUCUCAAGUCUCUUUUUCAAGUUAUGACUGACAUGGUUAAUAAGCUCAUAGCUUGGGUCCUUUUGUCAAGAUGCUGAGCUUCUGAUGCCUUCAGGAUUUUUGCUUUACAUCUCAGGAUCAUAAAACAUGCCAUGGAUGUUGAUAACAGAGAUGAAGCCGUAAACCCACGUAAUACCCCCACCAGCUAUUGUUCAAUACGUGAAGCAUUCUGAAAAGUCAAAUAUGAAAAGAACACAAAUAAACAGGAAACAACAUGUGACUACCCUUUGUUCUCCCUCUUUCCAGUGAAAGAAAUAUAAAUAAACACAUUCUGGAUGUGGAUGGCUAUUUUAGAAACCCAAACAUUUUUUUCACGUAUCGUAGCAGAAGACACAUUAUGGCUUCAUGGGCAUUUCUUUAAAGAAGCAACCGAAAUUAGGUGAGAAAGUUUUGGCUUACUAUUCAAUACAAUAUCAUCAAAUGACCAGAAGUUAUGGAGAACAUCAAGGACCAUGUCCCGAAUGCUGCCUUUAAAAGGACACAAGCAUUGUUUAUUCAGCCAGAAAAAAAAUAUAUAUAUCUAAUUGGAGCAGAAAUGUGGCUUUUCAAAUAUCCAUCUCUCUCUAAGGUUUCAUUGCUUCUUCUGCAUUGAUAAAGCAAGAUGCAUGUUUUGGGUUAGCAUUGAUCAGCAAUGUGGAAAUAAACUUUCUGGCAAAGCUACCAAAUAUUUGCUCUUGCCUCUUUCAGAGAAAAGGCAGAGUGAAUGGCAAACAGAUUGGAUGAACAUUAACCAAUUUCAAUAAUGGGCUUGAAUUCUGAGAACAUCUCAGCCUCUGACUGCUUCAACUGCACCCAGACUGUGGGGCAAGUAGAUAUUCCAAAGGCGAUAUUAUUAGGGGUCAUCUUAGGGGGGCUGAUUGUUUUUGGGGUCUUGGGCAACAUUCUGGUGAUCCUUUCAGUGGCCUGCCACAAGCACCUGCAAAGUGUAACCCAUUAUUACAUUAUCAACUUGGCUGUGGCCGACCUCCUCUUGACCUCCACCGUCCUCCCUUUUUCUGCCAUUUUUGAGGUUUUGGGCUACUGGGUGUUUGGGAGGGUGUUCUGCAACAUCUGGGCAGCUGUGGAUGUGCUGUGCUGCACUGCCUCCAUCAUGAGCCUCUGCGUCAUCUCGAUAGACCGAUACAUUGGGGUCAGCUACCCACUGAGAUACCCAGCCAUAGUGACAGAGAAGCGGGGCCUCCUUGCCCUGCUCUGCGUCUGGGCACUUUCCCUCGUGAUCUCCAUAGGACCCCUCUUUGGCUGGAAACAGCCCGCUCCAGAGGAUGAAAAGAUUUGCCAGAUCAACACCGACCCCGGCUACGUGCUGUUCUCCGCCUUCGGUUCCUUCUACCUCCCUUUGAUCAUCAUACUAGUGAUGUACUGCCGGGUGUACGUGGUGGCCAAAAGAGAAAGCAAGGGGUUGUCUCGUGGUCUGAAGACCGAGAAGUCCCAUUCAGAAGAAGUGACUCUCCGGAUCCACCGCAAAAACGCCCCAGAAACCACGGGAUCCACUCCCAGCACCAAGCACAAAUCCCACUUCUCUGUGCGGCUCCUAAAAUUCUCCCGGGAGAAGAAAGCAGCUAAGAGCUUGGGAAUUGUUGUGGGAUGCUUCAUACUGUGCUGGCUUCCUUUCUUCCUGAUCAUGCCCAUUGGUUCUUUGUUUCCAGAUUUCAAGCCAUCAGACACCAUUUUUAAAAUUGCAUUUUGGCUUGGCUACCUAAAUAGCUGCAUCAACCCAAUCAUCUACCCUUGUUCAAGUCAGGAAUUUAAAAAGGCAUUCCAGAAUGUUCUAAAGGCCCAGUGUCUCACACGGAAGUACUCAGCCAAUAAAUAUUCUCUUAGCUUCAGUCUUAAUCACCCAAGCAACCAUGUCGCAGAAGCAUCAAAAGAUGUCAUCCACAUUCCUGUUGGUUCGGGAGAGAACUUCUACAAGAUUUCAAAAUCAGAUGGCGUCUGUGAGUGGAAACUUUUCUCAGCCGUGCAGAGCAUGUCCACCAGGAGCACUGCCUCGAAGGACAAAUCCAGUUGUGCCACCGCCAAAGUAAAGAGCAAAGGUUUCCUGAGGGUUUGCUGCUGUGCAAGCACAUCAGGAAACAACACCCCAAAAGACCGGAAAGUGCCCGCCAUUAAAAUACACACUGUGUCUGUCAGUGAUAACGGAGAAGAUGUCUAAAAGAUGUCUUUCAAGUGGGCUUGGUUAAGUCUUCCCUGCUCCACUUAAGUCAGGGCAACCAAAGAGGAGGGGGCAUAUAUCUUGGUGGGGUGUACAGAAGAGAAGAAUUCUACAGCGGGACAAGCCUUGGAUGGGUUCUUCAUGGGUGGAAAAUACUGAGAAAUGCUCAUCCAGGGAGAAUUAAAUCCCACUGGAAUCGGUGGGAUUUGGAAAGGGACCCACGUGGGGCUGGACUCCUUCAAAUUAUUCAGAUACUAUUUCUAUACUGUUUUAAAGAUUCUGUGAUACAGCUUAUUUCAUUUCGAAUUGUUUCGCACUUUUUGUUGUAAAAGAUCGAUGGAGUAAAACAGUAUUGUAAUAUAUCCUACUGUAGAGAAGCAUUAAUAUAUGUUCUUCAUUUUGUCACAGGUACUUUUUAUGGCUCUCAGCUUUAUAUUGCAGAGUAGCUCUGUAUUUGUGAAUCUGACAAGGCAGCAGUAUAAGGUAAGGAGGGGGAUAUUCAGACAAAAUCUGAAGUGCAUGCCUUUUCAGACAACUCCCUGCUUUUGCUAAUGGGAUUGUUUUAAUCCUGUGAAAUCCAGUGAGUUCCAUAAAAAAGCAACGGAUGUGAUUGGUGCAUACAGCUAAGCACAAACCCACAUGUUGAGCUUGUGAGCCAAGCACCAAUACUUGAGUGGCUCUCUUCACGUGCACUCGGCAAACCCAGAGGGCACGGCUUCUCCAUGGUGAUGUGGCAAGAGUGUGGGUGUGAACAGGACAGUCGGGCAGGCAGAGGUCACCACGUGGUCACUAUUAUCACAUCAGUACUACAUCACAUUUAUUUCCUGCCUUUAUUUCCUCUUGUGAGCUCCAUUUUAUCCUCAAACUAUGAAGGAAGGUUAGUCUGAGAGUGGGUAGAUGGCUCGAAGUCACCCUGUUACCUUCAUCCAUUACCUGUAGGGUGCCGAUUAGGCGGGACUGGGGAUGUCCAAGAAAUCUGCAACAGAUUCAAGGGAGUCUGGAUUUCUAUGAAUCUGACCAGCAAAUUCCAAUUUUUGUGGGAAGGGGAUCUGCCCUAAUUUGUAUUAACCAAUAUGGAUUAACGUGAGUGCAUAUUAGUGCUACUGCACACUUGGUGAAUGAGCACUAGUGCAGAUUAGCAGAAGUAGAAUGAACGCCAGCUUUU